AUGAAGAAACAGAGUCCGAUUCAAUCUAUUGACAAUGUUGCGCUCGAUUUCUGGCAUGGGCAUCGGAGAACGGCUAGGGCUAGGGUUUCAUUGAGCAGGGACGAUUCGCGGGAUCGGAAGUGGGCUACUAGUGGAGAUAGGAAUUUUGGUAGUGAUAAUGUGGUGAGGAGGAACUGGUUGAUUGGACUGGGGCUGAGCCGGUACGCUCAUGUUUUUGAGAUACACGAUGACGAUGUGGAUGAAGAAGUUUUGCCAAUGUUGACAUUGGAGGAUCUCAACUCAAGGAUAUGGGUGUGGGGUAUAAUUUAUGUUGUUAGGUCGAGGCAGAAAAUGUAUUCUGCAAUUCAAAAGCUUGGCAAGGGCUACUGUUGA